UGCCCCUUAAAAACCGGCUUCCGCUAGGUGUAAAGAAAGUCCAAGUGCCACAGAAGCAUUUGGAUUGAAAACCCGUUGGAGGGUUAUAAUCCAUUCAAGGCAAAAUGUCCAGAAAAAAUGACAAAUCGACAGCUCCGGCUGACAAACUGACUCGUAUAGCCAUUGUGAGCAAUGACAAAUGUAAGCCGAAAAGAUGCAGACAGGAAUGUAAAAAGUCAUGUCCUGUUGUUAGAAUGGGAAAAUUAUGCAUAGAGGUCACUCCUGCAGACAAAAUUGCUUUCAUUUCUGAAGAGCUCUGUAUUGGAUGUGGUAUCUGUGCAAAGAAAUGUCCUUUUGAAGCUAUAUCCAUCAUCAACUUACCCAGUAAUCUGGAAAAAGACACAACCCACCGAUACAGUGCUAAUUCCUUCAAACUUCACAGACUUCCGAUUCCCAGACCUGGAGAAGUGCUGGGAUUGGUCGGCACCAAUGGUAUUGGAAAGUCCACAGCGCUGAAAAUUUUGGCAGGAAAACAGAAACCAAACUUAGGCCGUUUCAAUGACCCCCCUGACUGGACAGAGAUCCUGACCUAUUUUAGAGGGUCAGAGCUACAGAACUUCUUCACCAAAAUCCUGGAAGAUGACCUGAAGGCUAUUAUCAAGCCCCAGUAUGUAGAUCAGAUCCCAAAGGCUGUUAAGGGAUCUGUUCAGCAGUUACUAGACAAAAAGGAUGACCUGGGAAAUCAGACAGAUGUGUGUGAACAACUCGAUUUGGUUAAUGUAAAAGACAGAAAUGUGGAGGAUCUCUCAGGAGGGGAACUACAGAGGUUUGCUUGUGCCAUGGUGUGCAUACAGAAGGCUGAUAUUUUCAUGUUUGACGAGCCCUCUAGUUACCUGGACGUUAAGCAGAGAUUGAAGGCUGCCUUGGCUAUACGACAACUGAUUCAUCCAGACAAGUUCAUCAUCGUGGUAGAACACGACUUGUCGGUGUUGGACUACCUCUCAGACUUUAUCUGUUGUCUCUAUGGAGUUCCCGGAGCUUAUGGUGUUGUUACUAUGCCUUUCAGUGUUAGAGAAGGAAUCAACAUUUUCUUGGAUGGAUUUGUUCCAACAGAAAAUCUAAGAUUCAGAGAGGCAUCCUUGACAUUCAAGGUGGCAGAAACAGCCUUGGAGGAAGAGAUCAAGAGGAUGUGUAGAUAUGAAUACCCAGACAUGAUGAAGAAGAUGGGAAGUUUCGAACUCCGAGUUGGUUGUGGACAGUUCACAGAUUCAGAAAUCAUUGUGAUGUUGGGUGAGAAUGGGACAGGGAAAACAACAUUUAUCAGAAUGCUGGCAGGAAAACUGACACCAGAUGAAGGAGGGCCUUGUCCAAUGUUGAAUGUGAGCUACAAGCCACAGAAGAUUAGCCCCAAGUCCCAGGGCACAGUGAGACAGCUGUUACAUGAACGAAUCCGGGAUGCUUAUGUCCACCCCCAGUUUGUGACUGAUGUCAUGAAGCCUCUCAUGAUAGAAAACAUCAUAGACCAAGAGGUUCAGAACUUGUCAGGAGGAGAGUUACAGAGAGUUGCCCUAGCUCUGUGUCUGGGAAAACCAGCAGACGUGUACCUGAUUGACGAGCCGUCUGCCUAUCUGGAUUCUGAACAGCGUCUGCACGCUGCUAAAGUCAUCAAGAGGUUUAUUUUACAUGCCAAGAAGACUGCCUUUGUGGUGGAGCACGAUUUCAUCAUGGCUACCUACCUUGCUGACCGAGUCGUGGUCUUUGAAGGAACUCCUUCUAUCAGUACAAAGGCUAAUAGUCCUCAGUCACUGUUGAAUGGAAUGAAUAACUUCCUGGAGUCCCUGGACAUCACCUUCAGACGAGAUCCUAACAACUUCAGACCCCGCAUCAACAAACUCAACUCUGUCAAGGACACUGAACAGAAGAAGAGUGGUAACUACUUUUUCUUGGAGGACUGAAACUAGGUCGCUGAGACCAUGGAGCUCGUUAGCUUGGGCUCUCCCAGCUCUUACAUUGUGUCCUGGUGCCUGGCUGUUAUUCUACAAGAAAAUGGUGGAUCAGUUUGUUACAUGUACAUGAUGUACAAAUUAUAAAAAAAACAAAAAUGAAAAUUUUUCAAAACUUGAUAUUUAAAUUAUUAUACCUGUAAUUUCACAUUAUGCCCAAAAAUAUCAUUCAGGUGUCGUUGAGAACUAAAAGAUAUAUAAAAUUUACAAUAGUUCUACAUGUGUAUGCACUCGCAAUAAGGAAUUUUCAUAUGAAUGUGCAAAAUAAGGAGAAAAAAAAUAUGAGAAAACUUUACAUGUAACAUUUUGCUCUCUUACCAACAAAAUAUCAAAAGAGAAAAAUUUAAGAUCUUGACCAUAAAUACUGUACAUGUAUGAACUUGAUAUGUUUUGAGAUUGGUAGAUAUUAUGUAUUUUUCUUAAAUCCUUUUUAAAAUGAACUGUUGUAGACCGAAAGGGCAUGGCCAGACACAAUUCUGUUUUUCAAUAUUAUAAUAAUGGUUAUUGCAAAAUGUUUGGAAAAAAUAUGGUUAAAAGUUAUAAUUGCACACUGUGUAUGUGCUGAUCUUUCUGCAUUGUGAUAGAUGUAAUAAUGAAUUGCAGAGUCAAUGACUAUAUCAUGUUUCUAUUUUUAUCUCAAUUUUUGCAUCUGAACUAUAUCAAACAAGAUUUCCCCAAAAUGAUGCUGUAAUUUUUGGACUCAUGAAUUGCCCCUUGUAUUUAUUUCCAGUAAACAGUUACAUUGAA